UGAACAGGCAAAUAUUAAUCGUGCCAACUAGAUGCUGAAUAUUAUAUAAAUGACAUAACGCACUAUAAGUUAUGAAUGGUUAAUAUACAAAAAUGGAUUUUCAAAACUGACUUUUAUUAUGCGAAUACAAAUGUGAAGAUUAAACAGUUUUUAUUUUUUAAUAAAAUAGAUAGAUACAAACUUAACUAUAAACUUAUAAACUGCUACAAAAACGAUUGAUAUGGCAUAAAUACUAUUCUAUUCAAUUUGUCAUUUGAAUUCUUUUCUCUCAAUUUUUAUUUCAUGUCCACGUUUCGUGACAACAACUGGAAUAUUUAUGACAAUCAAAAGAAAUUCUUUCAAUCAUGACGGAGGAAUUAAAGCUCAAAAUCGUUGAUAAGAUACUAACAAUAUACCCACCCAUAUUAUUAAGCGUUGGACUUACAGGCAACAUUUUAUCCGUGAUCGUUUUGGCACAGGCAAGUACUAGAAAAACUUCUACUGGUUUUAUGUUGAUAUUCCUGACAGUUACCGACACAUUGAUUCUCAUAUAUUCCGUUCUUGUGCGAUGGCUGAACCAUAUGUUUGAGAUAAAUUUAAAGACAUCUUCAAAUGGUGCGUGCAGAUUUCAUAUGUUUAUUUCAUAUUUUCUGUUUCAACUGUCACCGUGGAUUCUUGUGCUUGUAACAGUCGAACGAGUGUUCAGUGUGAAAUAUCCGCACAGAGUGAGGGAUGUUUUUACAAGAAGAAGGGUAAUUAUUAGUCUGUUCAUCCUUGUUUUGGUUCUUGGUAGUGUGAAUGCCCAUCUUAUUUAUGGAUAUGAACAUGUUUAUAAAGAUAUAUAUGAAGCAUACUACUGUACAGCGAGUAGCAAUUAUGAAAAUUUCAUGUUUAAAUACUGGACAUGGAUUGAUUUUGUCCUUGCAUUCGUCAUUCCAUUUUGCGUGCUUCUUUGUGGUAACAUAAUGGUUAUACACAAGCUCAAAUUGAGUGAAAGGUUUCAAAAAGCAAGCACGAUUACAACACAAAGCGGACAGGAACCCAGAGGCAACUUAAAUCGGCGAGGAAACAAUACGGCGUCUAAUUUCACAAUAACCGCAGUCAUAUUGAAUAUAACAUUCUCCUGUUUGGUCUCUCCCUUUUCAAUCUUUGCAAUUGGACAGCCAUAUUGGUUUCCACACAAAACACUAUCAUCAGAAGAAAUAGUAAACUUAACGCUUAUUGGGACAGUAUUACUUAUGUUACUACAUACAAAUAGUGCAAUUAACUUUGUACUCUACAUUUUUUGUGGGUCAAAGUUUAGGAGAGAUUUUAUGAAUAUAUUUUGUAAGCGACAAAGAUCAAUGUCUGAAACUAUGCUGGGCACGCAGAGCUUUCCUUCGCAAUCUCUGAGCACAAUAAACUAUUAAAGCGUGACAUUCUUUCGAUUACACACAAUUUAAUGCUCUCUUUAUAUUUGAAAUAUCAAUAGCUAAAAUAAAUUCAGA